CUUUCACACUUUUCCCACUGUCUUUGAAGGCAGCAGUAUAGAUCUGGUCAGCUCUGUAAACAUAUCAAUGUUAUUAGCGAGGAAGCAAUGCUAACAGCACAAGAAGACCGCGGGAUUGGCCAAACACUGUCGCUCCCUCUUAAUGGCGUCAUUCUGUCGCGUUUUAGGGAUAUGUGGGAGUCGUUUUUCCGACUCUCUACGGUGCGAAGGGUGAAGAGGAACACUCUUCAAGGAGGUCUGCAGUGGUUCAACACAGUGCGCGCUGUCGUGUGAGAUGCUUCAGUGUUACGCUAAUGAUGAAGCUAACGGACUCUGGCUGCUUGACAGCCAAGUGGAUGGAAAUGACACCGCAUUAUUCCAAAAACACCCGCCGCAGCGAAGGAUAACGGGGCGAACUGCUUAAUAUCGUCUCAGCGGUUGGUAAAUGGCGUUAUAACACUCUAACAUGCAUAGCUUGCGUCAGAGCUGCGGUGAUGCCUUCAUACGCAUAGCUGUGUAGUUUUAUCACUUUGAGGAGAUGUCAUUCACAAUGGAGGAUAAUUUUGAGUCGGGCUGGGUAGCCGUUCGCCCAAAUGCGUUCGAAGAAAAGGAGAAGCAUAAAUUUGUUUUUAUCGUAGCAUGGAAUGAAGUAGAAGGCAAAUUUGCCAUCACAUGUCACAACAGGACGGCGCAGAGGCGAAGCUUUGGCAGCAGCAGGGAGGAGGAUGGAGACAAAACAAGAUGGCCCGGAAGUCCUGCAGGGGAUAAACUGUCCCGGAGCCCUGGCUCAGGAGCAAGAGAUGCUGCGGUUAAAGGCCUUAAAAGCAAGCUUCCAGGUUCCAAACUAAGUCCUGUUAAAAUUAAGACUGUGGUCAACUAUGUGUCAUGUCAUGUUAGUUCUGAGCCUGAGUCGCAGCGAGAGGAGCAGCAGUCCUGUGUGGCCACUUUGGACCUAGAGGAUAGUCUUAGUCGGGAGGACUGCAGUUGGGCAGGACUCUUUUCCUUCCAGGACCUGCGGGCGGUCCACCAGCAGCUGUGUUCUGUCAACUCCGACCUGGAGCCCUGUCUUCCUGUCUUUCCAGAGGAACCCAGCGGAAUGUGGACAGUGUUGUUCGGGCCAGCUGAGGUCUCAGAGACUGAGAUGGAUGAACUCUGUUCUAAGUUGCAGCUCUACCUGGGCCAUGCACUAGAUAUAUGCGGCUGGAAGAUCCUCUCCCAGGUUCUCUUCACUGAAAAUGAUGAUCCAGAUGAGUACUAUGAGAGCCUUAGUGAGCUGAAGCAGUCUGGAUACGAGGAAGCACUUCAGCGUGAAAGCAAACAUCUGCAAGAGCUCCUGGAAAGACACAGGAGCAUGGACAGCAUGGUAGAAUUGUUGGAGCUUUACGAGGAGGAGGACCAGGCUUAUGGAUCCCUGCUGGAGGCCUCCACGCAGCUGUACCAGUACCUGCUGCAGCCAUUCCGAGACAUGAGGGAGCUGGCCAUGCUACGCAGACAACAAAUUAAGAUCUCCAUGGAGAACGACUACCUGGGCCCGAGGCGCGUGGACGCCCUCAAGAAGGAGGACUCUGAUUGGCAGAGGAAAGCUCAGGAGGCGGUCCUUAUUAUCCAGGACUUCACUGUAAAAUACUUUGAGACAACCGCCAGAGCUCAGAAAGGUGUUUAUGAGCGUAUGAAGGUGGACCAGCGCAAGUUUGGCAAGGCCUCAUGGACAUCAGCAGUGGAACGGAUGGAGAGACUCCGUUACUCUGUCGCCAAGGAAACCCUGCAACUGCAGAGAGCCCGGGAGAUCAGCCUGGAGCAGAGGAAGCACACCCUUAGAGAAGAGAUGCAGAGCCUGUGUAGCAGCGAGCAUGCAAUGACCCUUCUGGACCACAUGGAGUCACAGUACUAUGAGCUGCAGCUCCAACUGUAUGACAUCCAGUCUGAGAUCCUUCAGUGUGAAGAGCUGCUUCUCACUGCUCAGUUAGACAGCAUUCGAAGACAGAUGACAGAACGUCAGGAUGAGGUGGUGUACUACGACACCUUUGAAAGUGCAGCUGAUAUUACACAGGAGGACACUGCCGAGAAAAAAGAACUACACAUGCUUCAGGUCAGCGCUCGACAACUGGAGGCCCGAAGGGGACGCAUCACAGCCAAGCGUUCUUAUUUGAGGAGCAAACGGGAGAUAUGUGUGUCAAAUCACAUUAAGAAACAGCAGAUGCGUCAAAGCACACAGAAAGACCUCCUAUCCCAACACAUCUUACAGCUGAAACUGGAUGAAGAGGAGGAUGAGAAAAAGAACAGUCGAGUGCGUCAAGAGAGGCAAAGAACUCUGGACAGACUGCGCACCUUCAAGCAGCGGUACCCGGGUCAGGUGAUUCUGAAGUCCACUCGAAUACGCGUGGCCCACAGCAGAAGGAGGGAGCGUGGAAAGGUUAUGCCAACGGAUGGCGGGAGCGAAAGGGAGGAGCGUUCAGACCCUGCGGUGACCAUGCGGAGUCCAGGCCAGCAGCCUCUAUUCCUCAGCACCAGCGUGCAGACAGACCUCAGCUCCACGCUCACCACCCAGCCUGUCACAGGCCUGGCAGCGUCACUUCCUCCUCUGCUUGUGCCCAAUCCCGCCGACUCCUUCUGUUCUCCCUGCUCCCUCUCCUCACUGCUGGCAUCUCCUUCAUCACCUCCACCUCCACCCCCUCCUCCUCCUCCCCUGCCAAUACGGCAGCAGGUGUCCCCCUCAGAGGGCCCGGGCAGCCAGAGGGAGAAGGCGGAAGAAAAGAGUGCUGCAGAGGAGCAUCCUCUCUCUCCGCUUGGCCCCUUCCAUCCUCGCUUUUUUGACAGCAGCCAGCUGGUGAGCGCCCGCAAAAAAUUGAGGAAAACUCCAGAGUUUGACGGCCACAGCAGACGAGUGAGCUCCCCCAUGGACGAGGUGCUGGCCUCCCUGAAGAGAGGGAGCUUCCACCUGAAGAAGGUCGACCAGCGGCCCCUUCCUCCUCCUGCCAGCAGUGACGAUGACCCCAACAGCAUCUUAGCUCAGAUCCGGAAGGGGGUCAAAUUGAGGCAAGUCCCUCCAAAAGAGAGGAAAGGUCAGGACGAGGCCACCAGUGACCCUCUUACCAGGAGCAUCUAUGAGGCACUUCGCCGUAUCAAAGAGGCUUCUCCAGAGUCGGACUCUGAUGACGAUGGGUUGGGCGGUCCAGACUGGGAAAGCUAGGGUUGAGGCUCAGACACAAUAUGUCUGAAAUAGGGGUACGGUACGAGUCCCAUUGAGGUACAAGUUAGACUAAUGGACCUCAAUGGGACGAUUAUUAUUAUUAUUAUUGGACUCCAAGGUAACAGUCGAAAAGUUACACACAUUUCUAAACUGCAAAAAGCCACUUCAGUGAAGAUACUGUACUUUAUCUUAGUGUACUGUCCACACACAUAAGCACAGACACACACUCACAGUACCAGUUGGUCAUCACACUAAUAAUUUAACUCGGUGGUCGAUGGUCAUUUUGUUUUUCCAUGCUGCUCAGACCAUCAUGGUCAUUUCUACUGUAUUUAACCUAAAAAAAAUCACACUAUUAUGUAUUAUGACGCCAUAUUUAUUUGUAAUUAUUCCAUGAUGUUGCUGUAAUGUGGCGCCCCUUUGUGGCCACAUUUACACAUACACUUAGUUGUUAUUAAUGUGGUUCUCAAUUUUUUUGUCAUGCCCCCUCUGGGGGGGCAGAAAUGUUGUAGCGCUAAUAUCUUAUCUGUUUAUCUGACUGAACUCGAAACAGAAACUAGCGAAAUGCAACAAAAUGGAGAGCAGUGAAGCAUAAACGCGUACUCGAGAGUCAAAUUCCAUGCUGAAAAUGACACGUUUGUCCACUCUGUAUCUCACACCCACCCAGGGGGCCGGCCUCACAAUUUGAGAAGCACUACUCUUGGCACACAAAGAAUAUUACUCAUCACUAAACAUCACUAAAAAGUCAACUUUGCAUAAUUGAACUUAAUGCCACUGACACUGGAACACCCCAAACAGAUAUAUGUUGUUGUAAAGUAGAGCUGUCACGCUAACCAAAUCAUGUAAAUCGGGGUCAUAUGGAAAACUGACAGCCCAUAUGAAGGCCCACUGCACGUGCACCAAAUCCUUCAGUAUGUCACACUAUUCCUGCCCCUCCCCCUCUUGCCCUCACCCCCAUGUUCCCUCAGCCAUCCAGGGUGGAUGACCAUCUGCUUAACUGCACCAUACUGUUUGAUAGAGCUGUGGCGAUGUGGUAAAAGUCUUUACAAAAGGCCACAGUACCUCUUAGGAGAUUCCCAAGCUUUUUUUUAAUAGGCUCUCCUUCACUGAGGGGGCUGUGACCGCUACCCACCUUCUCCCCUGUAGAAAUUCUAAGUGGGAAGUCAGUUAGUCACGUUGCUGCAAGUAAAAAAAAAAAAUGCACCCACACGAUAAGUUCUCAGCCAACAGCGAACUCGAGGCAACAUUAUGUAACUGUUUUACCUCAAAAGACCAACCUCAGCGUCAUUUCUAUUGAGAUUACAUGAUGGAUAAAAGAACCUCCUGAAAGUUAAGUUUGGUGGGGUUGAGGUCAAACUCAACCUGCCCUUUGUGCGCUGGGGCACAUUGGUGCUCGAACAGACAUCGUUGGAUGCUAUUGUCUGUGUUGGGAAACUGAAGCCAUGCAUGAACUGAUUAUUUAGAUCAGGGGUGUCCAAAGUGCAGCCUGGGGAGCCAUUUGUGGCAGUUUUUGUUAUUGGCCCACGUCACUUUUUAAAACAUUAAUAUUAUGCAAAUAUUAAGAGAAAAAAGUUUGAACCUGACAAAAAAAGGCAUAAUGUUGUUAUAUUAUGAGGAAAAAUAAACAUUUUAGUCUCAUAAAGGGUAAAUAUUAAAGGCAAAUUAUGUUAUUUUAUUAUUAAAUCAUAACAUUAUGAGAAUCAAACAAAACAACAAAGUUGUAAUUUUGGGAACAUUAGGUUGGCAAAAAAUUGUAAUGUUAGGAGAAUAAAGUCAAAAUAUUAUGGGAAUGAAAUCAUAAAUCCAAGAAGAAAAUUCAAACAUUUGGGGAAAGAAAACAGCUGUACUUUUCAUCGAAUAAAGUCAAAAUAUUAAAAGAAAAUAGUGGUAUUCUGACAAGAAAGAAUGUUGCAAUGUUACGAGAAUAAACGUGUAAUACUAUGAGGAAAAAUAAUGAUGUUGAAAUAUGAAAGGCAAUUUUUUUUUAAAAGUCUGAAUAUUAUGAGAAAAAUAAAAUUCGAAAUUCGAAAAAAAGUGAUAUUAGGCAAAUAAAGUAAAAAAAAAUCAUAAUAUUACAAAAACAGAAUUUAUGAAGAUUAUUUUAGGGGAAACACUCCAGGCAGGACACCCCUGAUUUAGAGCUAUGUCUCCAUUAUUUUGUGGAAGAAAUGCAUAUGAAUUCAUGUAGACAGCGGGGCGGUACACCUCAAGCCAAGGACCAGGGUCGACACCCUCACAUACAUCUAUGAGCCUAGUGUAUCUGUAUUGAAGUCUAUUAGUUGUCUUAUGACUCUUUUCCACAAUAAAACGGUGCGUUAAAAAAGUGCACACAUCAGAGGUCAUUGGAGAGUGUCUCAGUGUUUCUUUACAACCCAAAUGCUGACUUAUUUUAGAUUGUGGCACAGUGAGUAUCACAGCACAAAAUGUGGAUUCAUAAACUGCGACUAUAGAGUGGCUGCAGUAUUCCCUGGUGAGCCUGUUUCAGCUAUGAAUUACACACACUGUACUUUUCUUUAUACUACGUCCUCACAACAGUUUAUAGGUUACAGAUGUAGAGGUGUCAAUCAUGCUUCAAUCGUCCAUGCAUGGGGUCUAUACGAGGUGCUUAUUGAGCCUUCCAUAACUCCACCCAAAGGAUGUUAUCAUGUUUUACUAUAUUUUACGUUGCAUGCCGCUAAUAAUCUCCCUCUAUAAGCAUUUUUAAGAACAAUGUUAACAUUUAUUAUGCAGGCUCCCCCAUCCAAACUGUAAUACGGCACUCAAACAACACAACCGAAUGCUGCUGUUUUCAAAGAAUACACUUGUUUUGCCUUUUUUUUUUUUUACAACCUUGUCCUGCAAUCAAAUUAAAAACCUUGCAAUGUG